AUGUAUCGGGCCCUGUACGAUUAUAAAUCCAAUCUUGCUGAUUAUUUCACUUUUGAGAAGGGAGACAAAUUUACGUUACUGGAAGAAAACAAUGAUGACAUUGUCACUGGACCUCAAAGUCAUUCUAAGAAGGACUGGUUGUUAGCUCAGAAUGGAAUUGGUCAGAUUGGUUAUGUGCCUUAUAACUACAUCGACAAGUUUGACUGCCAGCCAACAGAUGUCAUCAAGUUUAUUGAUGGAUCAAUUGAGGCCAUUCAUUUACAAGCAGGGGAAACGGGGGGCGUGAUAUCACAUAUAGAUAGAGAAAAUCUCCAGAAAUUACUUCAUCACCGAAAUCUGUAUUUAGAAUCAGUCAAAGGUCAUGAAAUUCACAAGAAAUUACCCAAAAGACAAGCUCCACAACCUCCAGUUGCCAGUCAACACGAACCAGUGCAAUGUCGAAAAUCUAAUUCAGGAAAGAAAGCCCCACCUCCUCCUCCAUGUCGGGACAGUUCCUUGGGCAUCAAUAGUAAAAGCUCAGUGGCAAUAUCUACCAGUUCUACAGUUGCAAGUCUAACGCCUCCUGAUCAACCAAAAGAAGUUGUCAUGGUAACUCCUAAAAAAGAAGAUUCAUUCAUCUCAUCAUCUAAUGAGAUGCCUUCGUCUCCAGAAGUUUCUACAAGUUUUAUGUCUGUGGAAACAUCCCCUGUUAUUUUUGAAUCUAAAAAUCUUCACAUACCUUCAAAUAUCGGGUCUGAGUUGAUCGAAGAAAUUCGUAUUAACACUGGAUUAAGUUUUGAUAAAUCAAAAGUAGCGUUGGAAACAGUUCUGGGUUAUAUUGGAUUUAAAGUACCUCCAUUGUCGUCUGCUAUGGACGAUAUUUUCAAGACGUGUAAAGGAGCGAAACAGUCAGCAGGAGAUUUAGGAAGUCGUGAUGCUCAAAGAUUAGAAGUUAUUUUCUCUGAGUUGGCAGAUUGUAAGGAUGAUUCCCAGCAACGUUCCUGGGCUUUACACGAAGAUGAAAAAAUUAUCUCUGAAUAUCUACAAGAACUUAUAUCAAUAUUGGAAAAUGCGAAGAAAUCGAUUAGCUGUAAAAUUGUUCGUCAAGAUAAUUAUCAAAAUGUACACAACUUAGUAGAAUAUUAUCAGAUGGAAACAAGACGAAGUAUUAGACUACUGCUACUUCAAGCGUUCGGGUCAUUAUGUGGACUGGACAAACAAGUCAUAACUAGUCUCUUAUUCUCAGUGCUUCCUUUCGAAUUAUCUCAAGACAUUUUUAACAAAUCUGACGAUGUACAAUUUCUGUCGUACGUCACCUUAGUUUUAUCUAUGAUUUUCUCCAGUGGUGAAAUGGUUCCCUCAAAUCUUCAUAUUCAUUUAAAUGAGAAGUUUAUCGACCAUGUUUUUGAUUUGAUUGAAAAUCCAACGUCUGCGGAGCAUGAAGAAGUCGUCACUGAAUCUUUAGUUACGUUAAUUUUAGCCUAUAAUUUACAUAUGGAAGAAAAUUCGAAUAUCAUUAUGAAAUAUCUCUCUCAGAAAGGGACUGUGAAAAUUUUCACCGAAAAGGUCAUGUUGCUAUUUAACAGGGGAGACGACCCUGUAAAAAUAUUUGAUCACAAACCAAAACCGGCAAAUUCAGUCAUUAAAUUUUUCCAAGAUCUGUACGCUAGCAAAGAUACGUCAAAUCUUCUAUACACCAAUGAUGAAAUGGUUUUGGUUGAUAUCUUGAUUCGCCAGAUUACUGAUCUCCCAUCUGGCGAUUCUGCACGUUCCGAGUAUCUCAUUCUUUUGAGUCUGGUGGUAAAAAAUUCAGAAUAUCACGAGCAUUGCCAUCGUUCUCAAGAAAUGUCAAAUUUAUUGAUGAAAAUAGAAUCAGAAGAGACUUGCGAUAAUGAAAUUGACCGACAAAUUGCUAAAGAUCUUCUGAAGAGUUAUCCUAAAAUUUUUAAAUAUAAAUCUAAUUCUAAUAAUGACAACAAAGCUUCUCAUGAUUAUUUUUCUCAUAUCAGUGAGACAGAGUUAAAGGAAUGGGAGACAAAAAAUAAAAAUAUGAAAAAUUAG